AUGCCUUCCCUCGCCGCCUCCCUCCACCUUCGCUCCCCCCUCCUUGACCUCGUCUUCUUCCUUUCCUCCGUCCUCGUCGCCCCCUCUACCGUGUCGUUGUCCUCUACGACUCACUCAUGUCCCACGUCAUCCACAACCUCGCCACCCUCUCCCGCGUUGUGGUCUUUGUCUUAUGCUCCAUAUCCGCCUUGUGGGAGCUCGUCAUCCUCUCACAGCCCUCGACUGGCACAUCAUCAACGGCUUCGCCUCCCUCGAUGGCUACUACCCGCCAUCGUUCACCGAGUUCCUUAUCGUGCAGGCCGCGAUCCGAAAAUGUGUAGAUAUACAACUCCUGUCGGGAGAUCGAGGGAUUGUUACAUUGGGGUUUGA